AUGGCAAAGCAAUCGUUCCUCUACGAGCUUCAGUUCAUCCUCAUGACUGUUGUGCUGGCAUCAGCAAGCGGAAUAAGUGUAGUGUUGAAGACUGCAUGCUCUUUCAUGGAUUCGCAUUUGUUAGCGAACUAUUUGAGCAAACUACUGCAUAUACUCCUGCCCUAUAUUUAUCUAAUUGCGAUCGGAUUCAUCAAUCGACGAAUACGAAUGCAAAUUUUCGACAAACUCUGCCUUUGGACAAGGCAUAGGCAACGGCGCGCAUCAGUGAUGGUCAGACCACUAUGUACGCUAAAUCAAACUGUAGACGGGACUUGUAAGAAACGGCGACCUUCUGAAGGAUCAUUUUGA